AUGGUGACUCGCGUACUGAACGAGAAAGUGAACGUCCAGGUGACCAUUCUUUCAACGCAUUUCUGGAAAAAUGCGGGUCCAUUUCGCAACCCGAAUCCGAUUCGCGAACCCGAAUGCGAGCCCAUUUCAAUACGCGUCCCCGACCACCCUCCUCCUCGAGCUCCCUACUUUCCCCGGCCGGAUCUCCGCCUCCGUCCGCCGCGGCUCCGCGAAGAUGGCGGAGACGGCUCGCUCCACCAAUCCGAAGCGGCCCGUCUGUCCGUCCUGCUCCAAGCCCCGCGCACGUGCCUCUGCGCUCGGAUCCAUUCUCCGGGUCUCGAUCACCCCGUCCGCGUCACCGUUCUCCAGCACAGCCUGGAGCGGAAGCACCCCCUCAAUUCCACUCGAAUCUUGAGGCUUGGGCUCAAGAACGUCGCCGUCGCCGCCGUUUCCGACGUCAACUUCGGCGCCGAGUUCUCGAUCUCGCCGCUCGAGCCGCACGCCGAAAUCGGCGCCCACGGAUUGGUCGGCGCGGAUUUGGGUGUCCAAAAUGGGGAGCAAUCUGGAGUGGCGGUGGGAAACCCUAGUUCGGUCGUCGAAUCGAAUGGAGCUCAUUGUACUAGCAAACCUGUUAUCAGUUUUCGAAUGGGCAAGAAGGGGACUAUCGAAUCGACAGACCAUGUUUGGAUGUCUAGAAUCGGUCACCAAGGAGCUGAUUUCGAUGCCAUAUUAGAUUGCCAGUCAGCUCGUGAUGUUCUGUCGAAUGGAUUUGUGGUUAGGAAAUCGCAAAACCUUGUAUCAAAUCUGAGCUUGGAGCCUGAAGAAUAUGAGGAAUUUGUGCUCGAGGUGCCGCGAGGGUCAGUGCUUCUGUUCCCGACCGAGAAUGCACUCAGCAUUGACGAACUCAAGGCAGCUGAAUUUGAAGUCAGGAACUUGAUUGUGCUGGAUGGCACGUGGAUGAAGGCAAAGAGAAUGUAUAGCGAGGAUCCUUGGUUGAAGUUGUUGCCUCAUCUGAAGUUGGAUUUGGAGGUGAUGAGUUUGUACGAAGAAGUUAGAAGUCAGCCUAAGGCUGGAUGUUUGUCCACUCUUGAGAGUGUCAUUUACACGAUGAAGGCAAUUGGGGGUAGUCCAGAGGGGCUGGAUCAGCUGUUAGAUGUUUUUGAGUCAAUGGUCGAUGAUCAGAGACGAUGUAAACAUGAAAGAUUGGGUAAAUCCACUUCAGGGUAAGCCUCUUCAGCUUGCCCUGCCAUAAUGAGCUCUUGGGCAAUUUUCUGUUCAAGUUCAUAUCGCAUGAUUGCAUUGAUUAUUUGUGCCUGUUGAAUUUGCAUUCACUGAAGUCUCUGCUGUCUCAUCUUUUGCA